UUUGUCAUUUCUCACCUUUUCAUGUUUAAAUAAGUUAGGGCAAAGCAGCUUGUUUAGGUUGAAAAUCGCCCAAGGAAGACGAAGAGAAGACGAUCUUCUUCUUUCUCUCUUCUCUCUGCCGUCUCCGAUCGUUCGAAAGCCCCCUAGGUUCCGUCAGAUCCGGUAUUGGUUCUUUUUUGUUUCUGAUUUUGGUAGGGGAGGAGUAGAGAUUUUGCUAAUGGCACUUUCGGCUUCCGAUUUACCGGCGAUGUACUCGCUAUUGGCGAAUUCCAUGAGCGGAGACGAGGGCGUCCGGCGACCGGCUGAGGCGGCGCUGUCUCAGUCGGAGAGCAGACCUGGAUUCUGUUCUUGCCUGAUGGAAGUUAUUACUUCAAAGGAUUUGGUGUCUCACGUUGAUGUUAGAUUGAUGGCCUCGGUAUAUCUCAAGAACAGUAUCAAUCGGUAUUGGAGGAGCAGACGCAACUCGCCAGGUAUAAGCAAUGAGGAAAAACUGUACCUGAGGCAAAAAUUGUUGUCUCACUUGAGAGAAGAGAACUACCAGAUAGCUGAAUUGCUGGCUGUUCUCGUUUCAAAGAUUGCCCGUAUCGAUUAUCCUAGGGAAUGGCCUGAACUUUUUUCUGUAUUAGCACAACAGCUUCAAUCAGCAGAUGUUCUAACUUCUCAUAGGAUCUUUAUGAUUCUCUUCCGGUCCUUGAAAGAAUUGUCUACUAAGCGUCUUACGGCAGAUCAAAGAAACUUUGCUGAGAUCUCGUCGAAAUUCUUUGACUUUUGUUGGCACCUCUGGCAAACUGAUGUCCAGACAAUACUUCAUGGCUUCUCAACAAUGACCCAGAGCUGUGAUUCAAAUGGCGGCAGGCAACAUCAUGAUGAACUUUUUCUGACAUGUGAGAGGUGGUUUUUAUGCUUGAAAAUAGUGCGCCAGCUCAUAAUUUCAGGUUUUCAAAGCGAUGCCAAAUGCAUACAGGAGAUCCAACCGGUCAAAGAAGUUUCUCCUGUGCUCUUGAAGGCAGUUCAGUCGUUUCUUCCAUAUUAUUCAUCAUUCCAGAAUCAGGAUCCUAAAUUCUGGGAGUUUAUGAAAAAGUCAUGUAUCAAGCUGAUGAAAGUUCUAAUAGCUAUUCAAAACAGACAUCCUUAUUCAUUUGGAGAUAAACCUGUUCUUUCUGAAGUCAUGGAUUUCUGCUUAAAUAAGAUAACAGACCCUGAGCCAGGGGUGUUGUCGUUUGAAGAAUUUUUGAUACAGUGUAUGGUAAUGGUGAAAUGUGUGCUCGAGUGUAAAGAAUAUAAGCCAAGUAUAAUGGGUCGUGUGAUGGAUGAAACUGGAGUUACACAUGAACAGAUGAAGAAGAAUGCUUCGACCAGAGUCGGCUGCAUUUUAAUUUCACUUUUACCUAGAGAAAGGAUUGUUCUUUUGUGCAACAUUCUGGUAAGAAGGUACUUUGUCCUAACAUCAAGUGACCUGGAGGAGUGGUACCAGAAUCCUGAGUCCUUCCAUCACGAGCAGGACAUGAUUCAAUGGACAGAGAAACUGAGGCCUUGUGCUGAAGCUCUAUAUAUGGUUUUGUUUGAGAAAUAUAGCCAACUGUUAGGCCCUGUUGUAGUGUCAAUCCUUCAAGAGUCAAUGAAUAGUUGCCCCCCUACUGUGACAGAAAUAACGCCUGCAUUACUACUCAAAGAUGCUGCCUAUGCUGCUGCUGCCUAUGUCUACUAUGAGUUGUCAAAUUAUCUUAAUUUCAGAGAUUGGUUUAACAGUGCUCUAUCCCUUGAACUCUCAAAUGACCAUCCAAAUAGACGUAUCAUCCACCGAAAAGUUGCCCUCAUAUUGGGACACUGGGUUUCUGAGAUCAAAGAUGACACAAAAAGAUCAGUCUAUUGUUCUUUGAUAAGAUUGUUGCAAGACAAUGACCUGGCUGUUAAGCUGGCAGCUAGUAGGUCCUUGUGUUUACACGUUGAAGAUUCCAACUUCUCAGAGGGGGAUUUUUCUGAUCUUCUUCCAGUCUGUUGGGAGUCAUGCUUUCAUCUGGUGGAGGAAGUUCAAGAGUUUGAUUCAAAGGUCCAAGUUCUGAAUUUGAUAUCUACUCUUAUCGAGCAUGUCAAUGAAGUCAGUCCAUAUGCACACAAAUUGGUGCAGUUCUUCCAGAAGGUUUGGGAGGAAUCCUCUGGCGAAAGCCUUCUACAGAUUCAGCUUCUUAUUGCACUGCGGAAUUUUGUGGUUGCACUUGGUUAUCAGUCUCCCUGUUGCUACAGCCUGCUGCUCCCUAUUCUGCAUAAGGGCAUUGACGUAAAUAGCCCAGACGAGCUCAACCUUCUUGAGGAUAGCAUGGCAUUAUGGGAAGCCACACUUUCUUAUGCUCCUAUGAUGGUGCCCCAACUAUUAGCAUGCUUUCCUUAUAUGGUGGAUAUUAUUGAAAGGAGUUUUGAUCAUUUGCAGGUUGCUGUCAGUAUCAUGGAGUCCUACAUUAUAUUGGGUGGAGGAGAAUUUCUAAAUAUGCAUGCUUCCAGUGUUGCGAAGAUUCUUGAUCUUAUAGUUGGAAAUGUAAAUGACAAGGGAUUGCUCUCGGUUUUGCCAGUGAUCGAUAUUUUAGUACAGUGCUUUCCUGUGGAUGUCCCCCCUCUCAUCAGUAGCUGCUUACAGAAACUUGUAAUUAUUUGCUUGAGUGGAGGAGAUGACCGAGAUCCUUCGAAGACUGCAGUGAAAGCAUCCUCAGCGGCUAUCCUAGCGAGGAUUCUGAUAAUGAAUACCAGUUACCUGGCCCAGUUAACAUCUGAGCCAUCUCUUUCAGUGUUACUCCAGCAGGCAGGGGUGCCCAUUGAAGAAAAUAUACUCCUUUGCCUCGUUGAUAUUUGGCUUGAUAAGGUAGAUCAUGUGUCUCCCAUGCAGAAAAAGACAUUUGGCUUGGCCCUUUCGGUGAUCCUUACACUAAGAAUGCCUCAAGUCCUUGAUAAGCUUGAUCAGAUACUAAGUGUGUGCACCAGUGUGAUCUUGGGAGGGAACGAUGAUUUAACAGAAGACGCAAGGUCCCAAGGAGAGGAGACCCUGCCGAGCAAAGAGUUAAGGAUGAGACAGAUCAAAGUGUCCGAUCCAAUUAACCAAAUGUCGCUGGAAAAUUCAGUGCGUGAGAAUCUUCAAACUUGUUCUGCACUUCAUGGGGAGGCCUUCAAUUCCACCAUCAAUAGGAUGCAUCCCUCAGCACUUGCACAAGUGAAGCAAGCUCUAAAGUUGCCAUGAGGGGGGAAUUGUAUUGUGUCUUUGUCUCUUCUUUUCUCUCUGUUCACCUUCCUCGGUUUGAAGGCAGUAAACAGGUGAUAGAACACUGGAUUUUGUGUGAAAGAUGCGUUUUCUUUUGGUGAGUGCUCUGUUUUCUCAAGUGGCGGCCACAGCUUCUUUUUUGAUUGGUGGAGGAACUCUGUACAUAACUUCGUGGGGAGGUACUAAACUACUGCAUCUCUCUCUGCCCCGGCUUUUUUUUUUUUUUACUCAGUGGCAAAAAAGGGCGUCUUUGUAAGUUUUCCAUCCAAAAUGAUGAGAGAAAUAUAAUGAAAGAAAAAAGAAGGGAAAUAUAGAACAUCCCCCCAUGCAAAGUGAAGCUUUUUUUUUUUUUGUUGUUGCUGAAAAAUGCAUUCCAUGCCAUUGAUUGUUAAAUUGAACCGAUUUGUUCAUUGAUUGGGUAGAGAGUGUUGAGGAGGAUUUGUCCUCGAGAUUGUGGUUUAUGUAAAACUUUAUGCGAAAAUUGCUUGAAAAAGUUUAUCAA